GUUGCGAAAAAACAUAUACCGGAAUAUUUUCGCAUAAACAAUAAUUUUUUUUUGCAAUUUUUUAUUAAAGGUAAAGAAAAUGGAUGCAGAUUCAGCUCGAAAAUCUUGGGAAUUGGAGAAUAACGUAAAAACCUUGCCAUCCUGUGAUGAAAUAUUUCGCUAUGAUGCUGAACAACAAAGGCAAAUUUUAGAUGCUAAACCCUGGGAGAAAGAUCCCCAUUAUUUUAAGGAUAUCAAGAUUUCUGCUUUGUCAUUGUUAAAAAUGGUAAUGCAUGCUAGAUCAGGGGGCACCUUAGAAAUAAUGGGUUUGCUGUUAGGCAAAGUGGAAGACAAUACAAUGAUUGUUAUGGAUGCAUUUGCUUUGCCCGUUGAAGGUACUGAGACUCGCGUCAAUGCCCAAUCUCAAGCCUAUGAAUACAUGUCCGCUUAUAUAGACUCGGCCAAAGAGGUAGGUCGUUUGGAAAACGCCAUAGGUUGGUAUCACAGCCAUCCUGGCUACGGUUGCUGGUUGUCCGGCAUUGAUGUCUCUACUCAAAUGCUUAAUCAAAACUAUCAGGAGCCCUUUGUUGCCAUAGUGGUAGAUCCUGUACGUACCGUGUCCGCCGGCAAAGUCUGUUUGGGCGCAUUCCGCACCUAUCCCAAAGGCUACAAGGCUCCCAAUGAAGAGCCUUCUGAAUACCAAACUAUACCGCUAAAUAAAAUCGAAGAUUUUGGAGUUCACUGCAAACAAUAUUACCCCUUGGAAGUAAGUUAUUUCAAAUCAGCUUUAGAUCGCAAACUUCUCGACUCCUUGUGGAACAAAUAUUGGGUCAAUACUUUGGGCAGUUCUGGUCUACUGACCAAUACUGAGUACACUACAGGUCAAAUAUUUGAUUUGUCGGAAAAGUUGGAGCAGAGUGAGUCCAGUUUGGGUAGAGGCACAUUUUUGAUAUCGGGUGGCGAUGUCAAUGAGAAACGUACAGAGGACAAACUAACAAAGGCUACCCGUGAUUGCAGUCGUGCUUCAAUUGAAUUAAUUCAUGGCCUAAUGGCUCAAAUUGCCAAAGAUAAACUGUUCAACAAAGUUGGUUUGGAGAAGAAAUAGUGUGUUUAUUAGUAUGUAUGUUAAUUUGGAUCAGGAAGAUCAAUAAAUAAUUAAUUAUGUAAUUGGAUUGAAAAAAUUCAAAUCAAAUUUGUGUAAAAAAACUAAUGAAUAAAUAUUCUUAAUAAUUACUCACUUUUUUCACAUA